AUUUUAUUUCGUUUGAAGGUGUCGUAAGUACAAUGUCGUAUUUUACAUUUUUAUUGGUGUCAGCUGUAUUAAUUGGAGCAGUACAAUCUUCUAGUCCACUAACCAGUCGUGUGGUAGGUGGUCAUGAUGCUGUUUCGAAACAAUUUCCACAUCAGAUCUCGUUACGUCGCGAUCACAGUCAUAUCUGUGGAGGUUCCAUUAUAAGCAGUAAAUACGUAUUAACGGCCGCCCAUUGUGUAGUUGUUCAAGGAACGGAGGCUUUUCCAGCUGAAUACUUUACAAUUCGCGCUGGUACCAUCAAUCGAAUUGCCGGCGGUGUUAUCAUACCCGUUAAACGCGUUCUAGUGCACCCCGGUUAUGCCGUUUACAAUGAUUUAGCACUAUUGGAAUUAAAAGAAGAGUUGGUAUUUUCAGAAUCAAUACAGCCCAUAGAAUUAUAUGACAGUGAAGUUCCCGCAAAUUCUAACGUCAUCAUAUCGGGCUGGGGUUUAACGGAGCAUGCUGGAGCAAAUUUGCCAAUUGUUUUGCAAUGGUAUACAGUUACAGCCUUAUCUAAAACUGGUUGCGCAACAAAAAUGGGAUUCUAUACUGAUGCUUUAAUCUGUUUAAAUCAUCAAACUGGUACUGGUGCAUGCAAUGGUGAUUCUGGAGGUCCUGCUACGUAUAAUGGCAAAUUAGUUGGCGUUGCAGGUUUUGUAGUUAUAAAAUGCGGUUCAUCAAGACCAGACGGUUACGCAAAAGUAGCUUAUAAUAUUGACUGGAUUAGGGAGAACAUGAUUUAAUUUAAUUUUAUUUAAAUAAAUAUAC